CGCGGUCCGCCAGGUCGUCCCUACGGACAGAACCCGACAUGACCAGCCUUACCGGCGAGGGAGCGUUGCUGCCGUCCACACCCGAGGUGCCGCCCUUGCAAGUGACGCCGUCGACGACGAGGGCGGCCCCGACGAUGGCACUGACGCCGUUCAUGUCGGAGCAGGCACACAUUGCCGCCCUGCAGAAGGGGACGCCUCGGCCCGACGCCGUGCUGCAGCGCGCCGGGCGCCUGUCGACCGAGGACGAGGGGGGCUGGUCCUGGGAGACCGGCCGAGGGCCGCCCCAGUCGGCCGUAUCGCCAGGCAGCGGCGGUCCUCGCAGCGGAUAUUCGCAGCGGUCGGAUAAGGUCACCCCGGGCGUGUCGGGCGCCACUUCCGCCAAGACUGUCAACACGCCGAAAUCUGUCGUCUCGGUGGGCUUCAAGACCAGAGCGCGGGCGGAAGCAUCGCCUGGGUCCCCCGAGAAGAAGCGUGGCAGCAGCUGGGGUUUUGUCAAAUUUGCGGGCAAGAGCCCGGUCCCUGAGCACGGCAGCCCUGCUAAUGGCAAGAGCAGCAGCCGCGGAGGCGACCAGAGAAGGCAGCAAAAGAACCAGACAGGCAGCCGUCCGCGCCGGGUCAGUUUUGACACGGAUCCAAUCACGGACUACUUCCCGCCGCACUCGGGGCCAAGGGCGGCAAGGAAAGAAGACGCCGGCGUGCAGGUGGGAAGCGAGCUCAUGGACAUGGCCGUUGACGACAAAAUGAGCACUCGCCCGUGGAAGUCGCUCGGGAUGGCAGCGAGGAGAAAAUCAACAGCAUCGGCGUCGAACUUACGAUCGAACAUAUCGGCCAGGUUCAGCAAGGCCAUCAAGAGACUCUCUCGGCCGGGCCGCAUGCUCCGAAAGCCUAAGCCCCCUUCUCCAAUUCCUCCAGGGGUCACGCUCGCCGCCAUUAACAACGGGCUCGCCAACGAGAGGCGUCCGGCACAAGAGUUUGACCCGGUUUUCCCUGGAGGAGAGGCCGAGCGCAUACCAACGCCCCAGCUCGUCGAGGACCGUUCUGGGAAGCGGCGGUCCCGCAUGUUCGACCUGAACCGCGUCAGCGAGAAGCUUCUCAAGGGGGGGCACGAGCUGGUGCGGGAGGCGGACGGGGGUAAGAUGGCCGCAGAAGCGGCAGCUCUCAAAGGAGUACCCGAGGACGACAAGGACCCGGCGCCGCCACCCACGAAGCCCACGCCUCAGGAAGCAGCAGGGCCCUCGGACGAGCAGCUGGCAAUGCUGCUGGCGCCCGAGGUGCGCAAGCGGCUGGAGGAGGAACGGACGGAGGCCGGGCGCAACAUCAAGACGAUCCCGAUCAACCAGGAGCUGUCGUCUCGAGUGCGCGAGUUCGACUUUCACAUGGCGCCGCACAAGCCAGGCGCCAAGGUGUGUCCCCUGACGACGGGCGAGGGCAUAUGCGUGUACCAUGGCAGGAGGACGGCGCCAGUGGUGGAGGAGGAGUCUGAGACAUGUUCGGAGAGCACGUCUGAAAUGUCGGAGGAGCAGCAGGGCCCGGCGACAGCAUGA